UUUAGGUGAAUUGGACCUCACAUGAAAGUUUAGGGGACAAACCGAAACUUUAUCCCCUUAAACCCUAUCUUGUUCUUUAGCUUUCGUGUCUCCAGAAAACUUGCAACAAAACUAGAAUGGCUCAGUGCCUUGUCCCAGCAAUUCGUAUCAUGAUCACUCAUUUCUUCACUCAAAAAACCUUACAAUUAGCCCCCAAGCUCUCAACCUCCAUAACCACUGCUAAUAAGAACCUACCCUUUCUCUCCCCUCUCAAAACCCACAGACCCAAAAGCCAUUCCACUCUCAAUCCCAACCCAAACCCAAAACCCACUUUGUUUCUCAACAAUAAAGACCAGCGCUUUCUGGGUUCAAAUGGUUCUUCUGAUAAUGAUAAUUCAGGUACUACUAUUGCUGCCAUUGUCACUUCCGUAGGUGGCCCACCUGCCGCCGUUGGUAUUGUCCGGUUGUCGGGUCCAUCGGCUGUGGAUGUUGCUGCACGCGUGUUUAAACCAAUGAGUAAAAAGAAAAAGAAAAAGAUUUGGCAACCAACUAGUCAUGUCGUGGAUUACGGAGUUGCUUUGGAUAAUGAAGGGAAUGUAAUUGAUGAGGUUUUAGCUUUACCAAUGUUGUCUCCAAGAUCCUACACUUGUGAAGAUGUGGUUGAGCUUCAGUGUCACGGGAGUGAAGUUUGUCUUACUCGGGUGCUCCGAGCUUGUCUUCAAGCUGGAGCUAGGCUUGCAGAGCCAGGUGAGUUCACUCUUCGAGCGUUUCUAAAUGGCCGCGUGGACCUAUCCCAAGCUGAGAAUGUUGGAAAAUUAAUUUCAGCCAACUCCGUGACAGCUGCUGAUGCAGCUCUGGCUGGACUGCAGGGAGGCUUUGCUUCUUUGGUCAAGUCACUACGAGCACAGUGCAUUGAGUUGCUUACUGAGAUCGAAGCUCGUUUAGACUUUGAUGAUGAAAUGCCACCGCUAGAUUUGAAUCUAAUUGUGGACAGAAUACAUGUUAUGUCACAAGAUAUAGAAAUUGCACUAGAGACAGCCAAUUAUGACAAACUUCUACAAUCUGGAUUACAGAUUGCACUUGUCGGCCGUCCAAAUGUUGGGAAGUCAAGCCUUCUUAAUGCAUGGAGCAAAAGUGAGAGGGCAAUUGUUACAGAAAUUGCUGGAACCACCAGGGAUGUUGUUGAAGCUGGUGUUACUGUUGGUGGUAUCCCGGUAACCCUCCUUGAUACAGCAGGGAUCAGGGAAACUGAUGACAUCGUUGAGAAGAUUGGUGUGGAGAGAUCUGAAGCAGUUGCUAUGGGCGCUGAUGUAAUUAUCUUGACAAUAAGUGCUUUUGAUGGAUGGACCUCAGAAGAUUCUGAACUUCUGAGUAGGAUCGAAUCUAAUAAGAAAUCAGUUGGAUCUUCAACACCAGUGGUCCUCGCGAUUAACAAAAUAGACACUGCUCCAUCUUUAAGCAUGGAAUGGAUUGGUAGGUACAGCAAAGCUUUUAGUAAGCACAUUUUCACUUGUGCUGUUACUGGUCAAGGAAUCAAAGAGUUGGAGAUGGCAAUUUCAGAGAUUGUGGGUCUGAACAGGAUACCUACAGGGGGUCGAAAAUGGACAGUGAACCAGAGACAAUGUGAGCAGCUUAUGCGAACCAAGGAGGCACUUGCAAGGUUGAAAUCGUCAAUAAAAGAUGAAAUGCCGUUGGACUUUUGGACAAUUGAUUUGAGGGAUGCUGCAUUGGCCCUUGGACAGAUAAGUGGAGAAGGCAUCUCUGAAGAGGUCUUGUCCAACAUUUUUGGCAAAUUCUGUAUUGGUAAAUAGAUAGAAUUAUUUAAUGUAAUGACCCACAAGUUGACUACUGUAAUGUGUAAACCUUUUUUCAAUUUUUAUAUUAUGCUUGUCUAACAUUCGAUAUCUUGAAAUUCGCACCGUUUUGUAGUUCAUUGAACUUGUAUAGAAUCGGUUCUUGUUUAAGGCAAAAGGAGGGCUGAAAUAUCUAUUUGAUAAUGUUGCAUCCUGCUUUUGGAUUUAUUACUUUGGCCGGCUAGUGGCAGUAAUGACAAGGAAUGUAAGGAUACUGAAAAUGAACAAAUGAGGACGGCUUAAUAUCGAGUUACAGAAUUAUAUACAGGUUCAUCUUUCUGAAAGUGAGGAGGCUCAACCAAAAAUGUGUUUCAAGGUAAAAAACGAAUUGACAAGGGAAGAUCUGAAGGAGAACGAAAA